GCGGAGGGACGAGGCAGGCAGGCAGCGGCGCGCGUGGCGGGCGAAGGCUGCCCGCGGGCGAUCGCAACCCAGCACCUUCAACCCCCAGGCGCAGCUCGAACGCCCGGCGGCGCAGCCUCUCCUGCCCAAGAGUUCGUCAGGAUGAGACCGAAAGAGAAGCCCGCUCCGAGCCCCCCUGGAAAAGAGAAAGGCGGCGCCUCUGGCAAGGAGACAGCAGCAGCCACGGACCAGAAGAGCUGCCCCGGCGAUGCCAAGGCGGGCCAGGAAGAGGACGUCCACACGUGCUGUGGCUGCCGUUUCCCGUUGCUGGUGGCUUUGCUGCAACUGGUUCUAGGCGUCUCUAUCACAGUCUUGGCCUUCUUGAUGGCCGAGUUCAGCCCUUCGCUGCUACUCAGGGAGACUCCAUAUUGGGCUGGCACGCUUGUCUGUGUGGUUGCCAUCACUGGAUUUGUGAUGCUUUGUAUUUCUUACCAGCCGGAUGAGAAGACCUGCAUUCAGUUCGUCAUCAAGGUCGCCUACUUCAUCCUGAGUGCCUUGAGUCUGAACGUCUGUGUGUUAGCCAUGGCUUUUGCUGCCUAUUGCUAUUCUCAGAUCAUCCAGUUCACCUGUGAACCCAUCUCUGAAUCAGUUUGCCACUGCAAACUAGACACAACGGAUCCCCUCAGCAGAACCUUCACAUACCAGAGUGACUGCAGCUUCAUCACCCAGACCUUCUACCUUUUCUUGCUGGUCCAGCUCAUCCUUAACCUCCUUGCGGCCAUAAUGGGAUUUGCGGCAUGUUUUGUGAUGUGGAAAGAUAGAUAUCAAGUAUUUUAUGUAGGUACCCGGAUGCAGUCACGAACAACCCCAGGAGGCCAACAACAGAAAGUAUAAGGAAAGAGUAGAAGGGUCUCAAGAAAAGCCACAAAAUAUGCCUUUCUCCAAAAGGGGUGACUCUUUUUAAAACAGGAGAGGAAGAGAGACAAGAAACAUCUGGAUAUAUGUGUUCAUAUAUAUCAAGAGAACUAUAUUAUGAUGCAUUUCUAUGAAAAUCGUUGCCAAACCUUCUUGCCACAGACCCCCAAUGUGCCACAGAAUUAAGCAUCCUGCAAUUUUGGUGCUAGAGCAGGACUGUGAGCAUUCCCUGGAAGUGCAUUGGGAAGACAUUGAAAAGGAGAUGUCACCUCUCAGCAUUCUCUUGCACAUUCCCACUUCUUGCAUUUUGGGGUAGCUAGUGUGCCUAAAUUCCAAUUUAAGAUACAGUUAGAACCAGAUUAGGGUGGUCAUGAUUUAGUCCAAUGCAUUUCCUUCUAGGGAAGAGCAGUAGAUCACAGAGGUAAAUGUGGCCCGCACUACACUAAAUGAAAUGGAAUAUAAUAUGGGGACCAAAGGCAAGUAGAUGCAGAAAAAAAAUUAAGGCCCCGUGUUUCUAGAAAUCCUUUCCUCUCUAAUAUACUUUGUGUGAAUACACAUGUGCACACACAACCACACAUGAUUUUAGAUUCAUAAGACUGCAAAGAAAACACCCCAGUUUUCUUAACAGGUUGGUUGUUUGGUUUUCUUGCAUGGGUUGUUUUGAAUAACAUGCAUAUGUUGCUGAGAGCAAAUUUCAUGAUUAGCUGCCAGGGCUUUGCAAGCUUCAGACCUCACAUGUGCAGGGCAUCUCUUUUCUGUUCAUUACAGCAGCCCAAUUUUUUUCAGGCUUCUGUGCAAGUCUGAAAAAAAGAAGAUGCUGCUUUAAAGAGUUGCAUUAAGGGUGGACUUUUUGAAGCAGCUGCAUCUUCUUUUCAGGCAGAGGCUUAAAACAUGUCAGAGAGUGUUCAUGUGGGUUCUGGAGUGCUUCUUCUGAAUCAUUCUUGAAGUGUGUGCAGUCCUGUUAUAUCCAAUAAUAGACAUGCCAUCCUGAUGUGUUUGACUACUAUUGUACAUAGCCACACCAUCUGCUCCUCCACCCAGGAGGAGAUUAUAUUCUGCUAUUGCUAGUCAUAUAAUCCAGCUCUGUCAUUUGUAAUUAAUAAUAACACUGACCUAAAAUAAGGACACACAAGGAGCUCUUUUAAAUCAGAUCAUCUUUCCUAGUCCAACAUCCCAAUAAUGGUCAACCAGAUAUCCUGAAGAGGUUUACAAGCAGGACAUGAAGGCAACAGUCAUCUCCUUUGGCUGAUGUUCACCGACAGCCAGCGUUCAGAGGCCUCCCAUUCUGAAUCUGGCAUAUAAUCUUCAUAUCUAGCAAUCACUGACAGUUUUAUCUGCCAGCAUCUCUCCUUAAAGACUUAGCCUAAUACCUAAUAUAAUUUGAGGUACAUAUUGAAAUCUUGUUCUCUAGUUUCAAUCUCUGAUAACUGAAGUCCAGGCAAUCACCCCAGAUUCUCCUGUUAUGCGAGAGGACAGAGUUGCUCUGUCCCUUUGUCCAUACCAUAGAUAAUUUUAUGAAAUAGCAUGUUGCCUCAUUUGCUUGUCUUCCUUCUAUGCUACCAAGACCUCCUAAUUUCUCUUUAUAAGCCUUUCCAGCUUCACACACAUCAUCAGUAGAGCUCUCUGGCCAGAUAUGCAACACAGCACAACAGUUGAGGGUUCAUAAGCUUAGCUGGUGAGGGAGCAGGCAUCUUCCCUGGAUGCACACCUCCAUGUUAUCUAAGGCAAGCAAAGAGAUAAAUCCAAAAGCAUUGUCUCUCCUCCUCCUCCUAGUUAACAACUUUGUGCACUCUCUUCCUGAAAAUUUCCUCCACUGUCACACCAAGACAUCUUAAAACUUUGUAUCAGUUCGUAUUACAUCACAGGAUGAAAGGCUACAGAAAACAAGGAGAGGCAUCUGUCAUGGGGGCUCAAAUGAUAAAAGGAGGGCUGUCCAUUCUGAUGCAUUCUCAUCUCCAAGGUUGUGUCUUGAAUUUACUUUGAGGAAAAUUCACAUUAAACUUUUUACCAACUUUGUACCUUUCAACACUGUCCCCUGAAAUGUUUGCCUCACUUUGGGAUAACUGUGUUGUGACAAGGGAGCCCAAGGCUCAUGUUUUUGACUUUCUCCACUGCAGAAGCCAUAAACGUCCUCAGCAUCUAAAUCUGCUUAAUCCCAAAUUGCACUCAGUGAGACUUAACACUGUGAUCUUAGUCCCAUUUGACUGGAAACAAGUCCCACUCUUGAUGUCCAUCCUGAAGAAUGAUAAUUAGGUUUGCAGGCUGCCUUCCUACCCAUUUCUAAAGAAGUUCUCUUAACUGUGUUGUGGAUCCAGCUGAGAGGCCUCAUUGUUGACUUCCAUGGUAAACUUUUCCAUCAUGAGGUGUGGCCUUCAAGCUAAGAAGGGUGUAACUGAAACUUGGGACAGUGCAGACAAAUACCAGUUUUCGUAGCUGGAUAUGGAAUAGAAAAGAUGACAAAAGAUGUACCUCAGGAGAACAUGAAACGAGCUGGACUCAGGCAACAAUGCUCUCAAAAAUGCAUCAAGAGUCACACAACCUGUUUUGGGGGUCAGUGCCCCACCAUGCCCCAUCAGCUUUUCUGAACAGGGGAAUCCAAAGAAGAACUUCACUGUCAGAUAACAGGCCCCAAAUCUUCCCCACAAGCCUAAGCCAUAAAACCAAACAAACAUAAUGUUCUGUGCUGCGGGAUCUUCCUGUCGGUGUGACAGCUGAGGGAGGCAGCAGCCUCGCCCUAGCGGCAUUUGCCAGAGAUCACCACCCUUUUGGACUCUGCCUUCACAUGAUCGCCAUUGGCAGCCUGCCCGCUCUGCGUGGGAAGCUCUUUGGAGCUCUGCUUGAAUAGCUGAGUGGCAGUCAAACACCGCGUGUGCCAGCCUUGCUUCUCUCCAACAUAUGAACGCUGUCGAUCUUUCCUUGGAGUGGCUGGAGAGGAUAUUUACCCAUUUGCUUAGAAAAGCUUCGUGCUUUUUGUUCUAUAUUUACAACCAGGCUGUCAGCUUCACCCCUUUCCCUUGCAGCGCCGCCAUUCUCAGUCCUGUCUACAUGCUUCUGUUCGGAAUGUGUUUUUAAAUACUAGUAAGAGGGUGGGAAUGGAGGGGGGUGGAAGGGGGUCCGCUGAGGAACAACCGUUAAAGGCUGCUCAAAUGUAAAAAUGCCUUUCCAAACGCUCUGUUUAUGCUUGUGGCUUUUUAAUUGGUUAUAAUGUUCAUUCUGUGUGUGCAUACAAUAUGCAACUGGCCAAACACUCUCUUCCUUCUCUCUCUCUCUCCCUCUCCUUCCCUCCCUCCC